GAGAACGAUUUGAGGACAGAGGCGGACGACCUAUACAAAAUCCGCUUGAGACCCGUUCAGGAUCCGAUAACGCACGCGUGGCGGUGCGGUAAGGCGGUCGUGAACGCGGGCGGUGCCUUCAAUCAGCGAAUUUUCCGUUGUGCAGUCAUUCCUGUUGAGGGAUGGCGUGAAAAGGAUUCGGUGUGUGAUCUCAUAUAG